AUGCCAUUCUUUCCUUAUAUCGAUUGUCAUGGUAUAUGUCCUGCAUGCUCUGGGGGAUUCUCGACCAUCGACACUUUCCUCUGUUAUAAAAAGUGUACUGGCCGUCAGUUCAGUAAUCUGAAGGCUGCCGUCCGACGUCGUGUCAACUACAAGUUUCAACGAGCCAUGGGUGAGAGUCCGGUCAUCGAGGAAAGGCAGUACUCUCCUGAACCCGAGUUACCUUCCAAGAAGCCAACACAAGCGCACCAUCUGUCACCCCAGGUUUACGCCGAGCCAUCCCGAGAUUCUUUAAUUAACUUGUCACGGUCUCUCACAAUAACUAGCAACGCCGUCCACCCAGCAGACGGUGGCCUUAUUGAUGACUUCCAAGGCGAUCUCUUCAAUACAUUAGAGCAUGACAAUCUCCUCAUUUAA